AUGAGAGCAACUGAUACUCGCUCCGACAAAGCUAUCGAGGCAGACUUGCCCUGCCAUUUGAGGCCUGCUAUUCGUUCAAUUGCUGCUCGCCUACUCGGGCGCUAUUCAUUCGGUAGAUCGUCUUUGACUGCUUUCCGUUGUACCGGUCUUCGACGUUCUACUGCUUCGAAAUACAGUUUGUCGUCUGUAUGGCGCUCUGUAAAACUUACCAACGUGGGUAGCGUGCAAACGAUCCCGCAAGCAAGCCACGAUGGCCAGUCUCAAAAGCCGCCUCGAUCAGAAGAAGCAGAUCACAACAAAUGGCGGGGAGGUACCUCCGUUAGCUUCAUAAAGACUGUACUCGCACCGCAUUGUAACCUCAUCCCACAUCACAAAGACAUGACAACCAGAAGACGGGCUUCUCAGGGAGUUGCGCCACCUAAAUUCAGCAUGCUGGAGACACAUGCACGCAGAGCAAUUCCUAUGCCGCCGCUGUACAAUAUGCAACCCAAAGGGACUUGA